GUUUAUAGUAACGCGUGCCGUACUGUGCAAAACAUAAAUCUCUGCAAGCUUUUCCUGGCCGUGCAGGUUCAUCGUCUCGUAUUUGUGCAUAAAACUGAUUAAUAAGCGAGCGUUUCACGGCACCCUGGUGCAUCCCACUUCCUGGAUGUGCAAUCAGUAAGCAAGUUUGUGCUACUGAUCGUUAAUCAGUUUCCAUUGAUGAUGAUAAUCCUGCCGUGAAGCGUAACAACUACGUGUAGCGCAGUAGUGAGUGACCACACACAGCAUCCAACAACAGGAAAACAAUCAUCCACAAAACGGUUCCAGCGCAAAAGGUGUCCUCGUUUUUGGAUGAUACGGUGCGAACAAGUGUAUUUUACCCGUUUUCUCGGGGGAAGAUGAGGAAGAGCGUGUGUAUAAUGUUGUUCCAGUAGAACUCCCUGGUCGUUGUGCAACGCGGAAGGUGUCCCCCGGAGGAAUUCAUCAACAGGAAGAGGAACGCCAAAGCCACACGGAACCGGACGAGUGCUCAUCCACCCAAUGCUCGGCAAGUAUGGCGAGACGAGUUCCGGCUCGAUGAAAAACCUGGAUAAUGGGCUGCGGGACCGGGUGCUGUACCAUCAGAACAUGCUGAGCAUGAACCUGACGGCCGAAUUUUACCACAAUCCAUUCCUUGCGGCUGGGGCUGGUAGUAACGGUGGAACGACCGCAAGCGGAACCCCCACGAUGGCACAGUCGCAAAAGAUGCUCAACAGUCUGGCAACAUCGCCACAGCAGCACACCAGCAAUGGAUCAGCAACAGUUCCAAACAGUGCGUCCUCGCAGCAAUCCCUCACACAAUACCAGUGUCAGCUUUGUCAGAAGUGUUUCAUCUCAAGCGCAAUUCUAGCGCAGCACAUGAAAACACACGACAGCAAUGGAUUCGGCGCUCGGGAAGCAGGCAAUUACGUCCAACAGCAGCAGCAAUCGGUAACAUCUUCGACACCGUCGUCCGUACCGGCAGCGGUAGCAUCAAGCAGUAAAACUAGUCCACCACUGCUGACCCAGCACAACAUCAAGAGCGAGUAUGUCGGCGGAACGGUGAUCAACACGAUGGGCCCAUUCGUGUACGGCAUGGCCAAGCAGUUCGAAUGCCAAAUCUGUCACAAAUCCUUCAUGACGAUGGUGAACCUGAACCUGCACAUGAAAAUACACGAAGCUGUGCUAAAACCGAUCACAGCAGCCCAUAUGUAUUCACCAUCGAGCGGGAGCAACUUGGUUGCCGGGACAACAGCGUCAUCAUCUGCAAGCUAUCUCACCGGCCACAACCAUCACAACCAGCAGCAGCAGCAACAGCAGCAGCAUCACACGAUAGUCCCUUCCGUGCAUAGUCCCAGUGGUAGCACCGACGGAGCGUGUCAAAUAUGUCACAAAACGUUUAGCACCGCGGACCAGUUUGCGGCGCACAUGAAAAUCCAUGAGAAUGAGUUUAAAAAUCGUGCCCUUUACCAUUCAAGCAGCUCGGCGAACGCCAACAACGGUGCGGAUGAUGGGUCCACCAGCAAUGGGGAUCAUUUCUACGCCUCGUUGCCACCCACACACCAGCAAGUGCACGGACCACCACCACCACCACCACCACCGCAUCUCGACGCGAGCAAGGGCCACCGGUGUCCGAUUUGCCACAAAAUGUCCAACAACAUCAUCGAGCACAUUAAGCAGCACGAGGGACAGCUCACGAUGGGUGGCAGCCCUGGGGGCAAACGUUGCAGCCGCGGUUAUCAGCAACCGAACGACGAUUCACAAUCAUCGCUCGAGGACGAUAGUGACGGUGGUGGUGAGAAUGGGCACCGGAAGCACGAGUGUUUGAUCUGCCACAAAAAGUUUUCCAGCUCCGGCAAUCUGGCCAUCCACAUACGGGUCCAUUCGGGCGAGAAGCCAUUCAAGUGCAGCGUGUGCGGCAAGGGCUUCAUCCAGUCGAACAAUUUGGCCACCCACAUGAAAACGCACACGGGCGAAAAGCCGUACGCUUGCACGAUCUGUGGUAAAAACUUUAGCCAGUCCAACAAUCUGAAAACGCACAUCCGGACGCACACGGGCGAAAAGCCGUACGCGUGCACGAUCUGCGGGAAGCGGUUCAAUCAGAAGAACAACCUCACCACGCACAUGCGAACGCACCAGCUCGUCUGUAUGGUGUGCGGUGUGCAGUUUAUGCAUCCGUCCGAUCUGGCGAACCACAUGAAGUUCCACAACGACGAAAAGCCGUUCAUCUGCUCGGUGUGCAACAAGGUGUACCUGAACCUGGACGAGCUGACCGAGCAUAUGAAGAAGACGCACAACCAGGUGAAACCGUACCGGUGCCACAUAUGCGACAAAACGUUCACGCAAUCGAACAACCUGAAGACGCACAUCAAGACACACAUCUUUCAGGAUCCGUACAAGUGCCAGAUGUGCUCGCGGUCGUUCCAGAAGGAGGACGACUAUUCGCAGCACAUGCUGGUGCACACGGCGGACAAACCGUACGAGUGUACGUACUGCGGCAAGCGGUUCAUCCAGUCGAACAAUCUGAAAACGCACGUCCGGACGCACACGGGCGAAAAGCCGUACCGGUGUACGAUCUGUGCGAAGCACUUUAACCAGAAGAACAAUCUCAACACGCACAUGCGCAUCCACACGGGGGAAAAGCCGUUCGAGUGUACGAUCUGCGACAAGCGGUUCAACCAGUCGAACAAUCUGAACAAGCACAUCAAAACGCACGGUCAGGAAAAGGACCAGCAGCAGCAGCAGCAGCAGCAGCAGCAGCAGCAGCAACAAGAAGGGCGAGUGUGUGGGCUAUCCUUCAAACGCAACACUGACCCAAGAACGACGAAAAGUAGGAAGAUUGUUUUCUAUGCAUAGUUGAAUGCGAAAGAGUGCAAGCAGAAAACUUUACCCAUCAAAUUGUACAAGUGUACUGUGCAAAAGUGUUCUGUUGAACGUGCUGAGUGCGUGUGCGCGCGUGUGAUUAUUUUUAUUUAUACCAACAACACCACCAGACUCAUCUGGUACAUCCAUCCGGGGUACACAGUAUAGCUUCCGGAGGGGUUUAAGCUGCAGUUAGUAACGACCGGAGGAAAGCAAA